AUGAAAGCUAAUCUCUCUCUCUUUCUCAGUCUUAUGCUUUCCCUUGCCAGCACUAUUUUAGGUCACAGCAUAAACCGAGAAGGUUACAUCAGCAUCGACUGUGGCAUACACCCUCCUAACAAAACCUAUAUGGACGUUGUUACUGGUAUCAAUUACUCCCCUGAUGAUGCUUUCAUAACCACUGGCGUAAAUUUCAAAGUCGCUGAAGAAUACGGGUACACGCAAAACGUGAAUUUGCCUGCAGUCCUUGCAGAAGUCAGAGCUUUCCCUCAAGGAAACAGAAACUGUUACUCCUUAAAACCUUCAAAUGCGAAAGAUAAUCUUUAUCUCAUCCGAGCUUCAUUUAUGUAUGGAAACUACGAUGAUGGUAUUAACGAUCAGCCCUUGCCCGAAUUCGAUCUCUACCUAAACGUGAAUUUCUGGUCGACCGUUAAGUUCAAGGACGCUGCUGAGCAAGUCAACAAAGAGAUACUAACCUAUGCUGAGUCAGAGACAAUAUACGUUUGCCUUGUGAAUAAAGGUAAAGGAACUCCUUUUAUCUCAGGCUUGGAGCUCAGGCCAGUGAACAGCUCAAGUUACGGUACUGAGUUUGGAAAAAAUGUCUCAUUAGUACUCUAUCGAAGAUGGGAUAUAGGAUCAUUAAAGGGAACAGGACGGUACCAUGACGAUAGAUUUGAUCGUAUAUGGUCUCCAUACUCCCGAACCUCUUGGAACUCUAUUGUAACAUCUGCUUAUAUCGAUGUUUUUCAGACCAGUUAUUGGCCUCCCGAUGAAGUUGUUAAGACAGCUGCUUCGCCUAAAAGCGCUGAUGAUCCACUGGAACUGUUAUGGACAUCACAAGAUCCAGAUGUUCGGUUUUACGCUUAUCUUUACUUCGCGGAAAUAGAGAAGCUCGAAAAGAAUGAGAGUAGAAAGAUCAAGAUAUUAUGGAAUGGUUCCCCUGUUUCUGAAUAUUUUUUCAUUCCUUCAAAUUAUUCGAUGACAGUGUCUAAUUCAAGAGCUUUCACUGGUAAAGAUCACUUGAUUUCUGUUCAGAAGGCUUCAGAUUCUACACUUCCACCAAUUCUCAAUGCUAUUGAGAUUUUUACAGCCCAGUCUCUUGAUGAAUUUUCCACAGCGAUUGAAGAAAUUCACGCGAUGGAAAGCAUAAAAUCAACGUAUAAAGUGGAAAGAUUUUGGAGUGGUGAUCCUUGCUCUCCAAGACUGUACCGUUGGGAAGGUAUUGGGUGCAGCUAUAACAACUCUAGUGAGCAUAUCACGUCCCUGAAUCUUAGCUCAAGCGGGUUACAAGGACCUAUAGCAUUGGCAUUUGGAAAUCUCUCCUUUCUUCAGUCAUUGGAUUUAUCACACAACGACUUACAACAUAAUGUGCCUGAGUUUUUGGCUGAUCUGAAGCAUUUGAAAUCACUGAAUUUGAAAGGAAAUGAUCUUACUGGGUUUAUCCCAGAAUCUCUAAUGAAGAAAUUAAAGGACGGUUCACUAACACUCAGGUAUGUCGAUGACCAAAACCUUUGUAACCCGCAUUCAUGUCAAGAAAAGAAGAAGAACAACAAACUCGUGCAAACAGUUGUAGUUACAUCAGUGAUGGUUCUCCUUGUGGUCUUGGUUAUCAUAUUGAUCAUACUAAGGAAAAGGAAAAGGAAAAGGAAAAGAGGAGCGAACUCAGGACCAGGACCACUCCUGCCUUCAGGGAAGAGAAGGUUCACAUAUGAUGAAAUCUCUAGCAUUACAAACAACUUCAAUAAAGUGAUAGGUAAAGGUGGGUAUGGUAUUGUGUACCUCGGGUUUCUCGAAGAUGGGACUAAAAUUGCUGUAAAGAUGAUUAAGGAUUCUUCAUUGGGAAUACCUAAAGGAUCAUCAUCAUCAUCAUCAUCCCGAGCUUCCAGAGAAUUCCAAGUCGAGGCGGAGCUUCUUUUGACAGUGCAUCACCGGAACUUAGCAUCGUUUAUCGGAUACUGCGAUGAUGAUCGCACCGCUCUCAUCUACGAGUACAUGGCCAAUGGCAACUUGCAGAAUUAUCUUGAGAACACAGAGGAUCUUAGCUGGGGAAAAAGACUCCAUAUAGCAAUAGACUCUGCACAAGGGUUGGAGUACUUGCACCGUGGAUGCAGGCCACCAAUUAUACACAGAGAUGUUAAAACAGCAAACAUUCUAUUAAACGAUAAUUUGGAAGCCAAGAUUGCUGAUUUUGGCAUUUCUAAAGUCUUCCCUGAUGACGAUCUCACCCACGUCGAGACUGCCGUCAUGGGGACUCCCGGCUACAUUGAUCCUGAAUACUAUAGGACGUUUAUGCUAAAUGAGAAGAGUGACGUGUAUAGUUUUGGUAUCGUUCUUCUUGAACUCAUCACUGGCCAGCGAGCCAUCGUAAAAAACGAAGACGGUAUCAAAAUCAGUGUCGUCCAUUUCGUGGAGCCUAUCUUAAAGACCGGAGAACUUGAAGGCAUCGUUGACCCGCUGCUUCGUGACGACUUCUCAUCGGACUCAGCUUGGAAAUUUGUGGAGGUCGCAAUGUCUUGUGUCAGAGACAGAGGCUAUGACAGACCAACAAUGAACCAGAUCGUGUCUGAGCUCCAACAUUGCUUAGCUGCUGAGCUGGCUCGUGAGCCACACAGAUCAUCAUGCCAAGAAAGUGGUGGUUUAGGUAACGAGGAAGUAAGCAAAGUUUAUUAA